GUAAAUUAUAAGCGAUAACUCCUUGUUUUGAAGUACUAUUUUGAUAGAGAAGCAGUGAUUGAAAACAAAUCUAACAAUGAUUGUUUUAAAUGAUCGUGCAUUCCUUUUCUCAUUGGAUACAGAAUGCUGUAGGAUUUAUUUAGAAUUAAGAUUCCCAGACAGGAUAACAUUAUCAAGCUUAAGAUGUGUACAAAAGUUGGAAUAAAGGAGCUGGUAGCGAGACCUAGUUUUUCACUCAAAAUAACGAUGACCAAGAAUAAGCACACAUUAGAGUGUUGGUCUUUUUCAUACUCUACAGUUGCUGGCCAGGUUAAUUCUUCGGUAACACAGGGCAUAGUUAAUAAUGGAGAAAGAAAAGCAUUGAGGUAAUUGCAAUCUUAGGUUUACAUCACUAGAAAACAGUAGUUCCAGCAGUCCCUUUUUCCAAACCAUAUAAACCGGAAUUUUUUGAUAGUUUGCAAUAUAUACAGCAUUUGAAAUUAGCAAAACUUUCUAUCGCAAAGAGUUUCUGCAACCACACAAAUACAGAAUAAUGCAGCAAUUAUAGGCUUAGGAACUAUGUAUGUUUUGUUCCAUGACACAAAAUCCGUCCCGCUUGUUCCAUGCAUGGAAAAAUUCAGUUGCUAUAUUAUCUUACCUUUAAUAUAAGGCAAAUAUCUAGAUCGAGAACCUUGAAUCAGGAACACAGUAUAUAUCUGAGUAUAUACUUCAAUAUUUAAGUCUUCAAUAAGAUAUAGUUAUCGUACAAUCCCGACAAUGGAAGUGUUGCAAAAAACGUUGGUCGGAAAAACUAAAAAUUACUAAUUUGCGCGGGUUUACUACUUCAUUAGUAAUGUCACGAAAAGCCUGUAUAAAAUAAAUCGUUGAUCCCCUCCGCAAUUUGAAAUUUUCUGUUCCAUGAUGGUUUUCAACCCUUAACCAUGAGCAACGAUAAACCCGUAACUGCAACGUCAUCCACAUCAAGCGUUCCCUAUCGGACAUGUUCCUUAACCCAUGAAGGUGAUUUUGUCGUGGUUGGGAACGAACGUCACUAUAAAGAAGAGAUAGAAAAACAACCCCUUCCACCAGCACCAAUAUACGGAAAUGCCGGAGCCGUCGCGCUUAUAGCUACAUCCUUCAAUGGACUUGUUACUGGGUUCUAUCUCGCUGGAACCAGGGGUGCGACAUUUCUUAAUGCCGCCGUGGGACUUAUGUUCUUUUAUGGAGGAUUGGUGCAAUUUCUAAGUGGGAUAUGGGAGAUGUUCUUGGGUAAUACAUUCGCGGCUACUAUGUUUACAAGCUUUGGAUGUUGGUGGAUUCAACUUGGGGCGACCUUUGUGCCCUCAUUUGGAAUCAGGGCUGCUUAUGGUGAUGAUGAGGAAAUGUUUAAUAAUGCCAUGGGGUUGUUGAUUUUAGGAUGGGGAAUGUUUGCAUUCAUGAUGUUUUCGCUUACUUUGAAAGCAAAUUUUUCAUUAUCAUUUGCAAUUUUAACAUUGGCUUUGACGUUAAUAUUGACCCUGGCAGGAUUUUUAUGUGGUGCCAAUCCACACAUAUUUAAAGCAGCAGGGAUAAUGAGUAUUAUUAAUUGUUUUGCUGGUUGGUAUGAUGCAUUUGGAGCUCUUUAUAACAGAUCCAAUAGUUAUGUUCUACUUCCAACUUUUCCUAUUCCGGUGUUACAUGGCCACGAGAGAGUUCCAGGACAUGGUAAAUGUGCCGAGUAUUAAACACCAGGUUUUGUCUUUUUUUUAUAUAUAUAUGAGAAACAAGACUAACAGGUGGCCACUUUACGUGAUUCGAGGGAUCAGGAAGCCCACAGCAUAUUAUAGAGUGUCUAUAUUGCAAGAAGUAUUUAAACCCUCAACAACUUUUAAUUUAUAGAUUGUAUUUAAUAAUUUAAGAUAUAUUGCAUUAAGAUUAU